AUGCUUGAUCAAGAAACAUGGGUUGAAUGGUCUCCUGACAAAUCAUCCAUCUUUGGAAGCUCAACAGAAGAUGGUGUCUUGAACAUCUGGGAUCACAAUAAGGUUGGUGAACGUUCUGGUCCAGCCUCAAAAUUUGCACCUGGCUUAUUGUUCAGACACUCUGGACAUAGGGAUAAGGUGGUUGAUUUCCACUGGAACUCGCAUGAUCCAUGGACAAUUGUCAGUGUGUCGGAUGAUCGUGAAAGCACAGGUGGCGGUGGAACUCUACAGAUAUGGAGGAUGAUUGAUUUGAUUCAUAGACCACAGGAAGAGGUUCUUUUAUCUUUUAUCCCCCGCUUUAGUAGCCAUCUUUGGAAAGCCCUUGUUCUCAAAACAAAACAGGAUAUGGACAUCCAAGAUAGAGAACUAGUAAAUGACUGGCUCAUGAUCAUAGUUUACAAAGAACGUGGUUUUGGCUGA